AUGCCGCCAAAAGGGAAGAACACUGUUUCACGUGGCAGGAAGAAGAAGUUGGAGAAGAUUUUAGACCCUGAUGAAAGGUACCGUAAUGCCUUGGACAAAAUGCUUUAUCUUUCCAAAGAAUCUCGUGCGGAAAUCACCAACAGUUGCCUUCAGCGUAUACUCACAUCGAUUAAGGCCUUUACGUUGGCACAGCCGCCUCUGGAGAUAGAGUCACUUGUGUCACGCGAGGAGCGGGUGAAUAAGGAGAUUGCAACAGGCGUGCCGAUGAAGGUGCUGCCAAAUAUUGUGCGCUCACUUGGGCUCAAUCCCACAGACAAGCAAUUGCGUCAGAUUGGGUGGAUGGUCUUGAAUCAUGAAGAACUGCAGAAGCAGCAGCGGCCCCAACCAAAAUGGGAAGGAGUUUUUGCGAAAUUCCCGCAAGACAAUGCGAAAGAAGUCGAGGAUGAAUACGACAAUGAUGUACAAGGAAAACUGACACUAGAAGAUAUGAUGGAGAACCCUUUCUCUGAAACGGUGGAGUGGGCUGCGGUGGAGGGGAAGGAGUUGAUGGCGGAUCGUGAGAAACUGGAGGCCGUAUUGCUAGAUAUAAUGCACACGGGACUGCUUGUUUUUGACCCAGCGAACGUUCAGAGCGGGGAAAGCGCGUCAAAGUUUGAACGCGUUGUCACCGUUCUGGAGUACGUUAACCCGGAGGUUGUAGACAAUAUCUUUGAUGUGCUUUGGUCAACCUCAUAUCGACAGAAAACUGGGGAUGGUGUUCGCUUCAUCUACAGCAGUGACCUGACACGUGUGUUGGAGACAGUCGAAGAAUCUGAAAAAAGCGGUGAGCCACCUUUUGAAUCGGAUGAACUGGAGGAUUUACUCUUGUUUGUUGGCGACACGGGGCGUGGUACGAUAAGCGAGGAUGCCUUUGCGUUGAUUGCUUUAUGA